CCUCUUUUUUUUACUCCUUUUCAGCUCUAGCAAGGGUUUUUUUUGGAAUCAGUUCGUUUAGUAAUCUUCUUCUCAUAUCUCCUCCGCCUCUCACAACAGCUUCAGCAGAAAUCUCAAAUCAUCUGCCCUAGAAAUCUGAUUUGAAGUAUUCGUUGAAGGAAUUCAAUAUGGCGCGGAAAGGUUUGAUGGAGCAGGAUCUGAGUAAAUUGGAUGUGACUCUGUUGCAUCCAUUGUCACCUGAAGUAAUCUCACGGCAAGCAACAAUUAAUAUUGGUACGAUUGGCCAUGUCGCCCAUGGAAAAUCAACAGUUGUAAAAGCAAUAUCUGGUGUGCAGACAGUGAGAUUCAAAAAUGAAUUGGAGCGUAACAUCACAAUUAAGCUUGGUUAUGCCAAUGCAAAAAUAUACAAGUGUGAAGAUGAACGGUGCCCUCGGCCUAUGUGCUACAAGGCCUAUGGCAGUGGUAAAGAAGAUACCCCUGCAUGCGAUGUGCCUGGGUUUGAAACUGCAAAAAUGAAAUUAUUGAGACAUGUUUCUUUUGUCGACUGCCCGGGUCACGAUAUUCUUAUGGCAACCAUGCUUAAUGGAGCGGCAAUCAUGGACGGGGCACUGCUUCUGAUAGCUGCCAAUGAAAGCUGUCCCCAACCCCAGACUUCAGAGCAUCUGGCUGCUGUGGAAAUCAUGCGUCUCCAACACAUAAUCAUCCUUCAGAACAAAGUUGAUCUUAUCCAAGAAAAUGUAGCCAUUAAUCAACAUGAAGCUAUCCAGAAGUUUAUUCAGAAAACAGUUGCUGAUGGUGCUCCUGUUAUACCAAUCUCUGCUCAAUUAAAGUACAACAUUGAUGUUGUAUGCGAGUAUAUCGUAAAAAGGAUUCCCAUUCCGGAGCGAAAUUUCAUUUCGCCGCCUAACAUGAUCGUCAUCCGAUCGUUUGAUGUUAAUAAGCCCGGGUCCGAGGUUGAUGAAAUCAAGGGUGGUGUUGCUGGUGGAAGUAUUCUCAGGGGUGUUUUGAGGGUGAACCAAUUCAUUGAGGUGCGACCUGGUAUCGUUUUGAAAGACGAAAGUGGUGCCAUCAAGUGCACACCCAUCUACUCCAGAAUAGUUUCUUUAUUUGCCGAACAAAAUGAGCUACAAUUUGCUGUUCCUGGUGGUCUGAUUGGGGUCGGGACCACGAUGGAUCCCACUUUGACUCGGGCUGAUAGGCUGGUGGGUCAGGUUCUUGGGGAGGUUGGGUCACUCCCAGACGUGUUUGUGGAACUUGAGGUGAACUUUUUCCUUCUCAGGCGAUUACUGGGAGUGAGAACAAAGGGUACAGAGAGGCAAGGGAAGGUAUCGAAGCUGGCUAAGGGAGAGAUUCUUAUGUUGAACAUUGGGUCUAUGUCUACAGGGGCACGAGUUCUUGCAGUGAAGAACGAUCUGGCAAAACUUCAACUAACGUCACCUGUGUGCACUAGCAAAGGAGAGAAGGUUGCCCUCAGUCGACGUGUUGAGAAGCAUUGGCGUCUUAUUGGGUGGGGACAGAUCCAGGCAGGUAGCACUCUUGAAGUCCCACCGUGUCCCAUCUGAAAAAAAACCGAGUGGUAAACAAAAAGCAAGUACCCAGCUUGAGUAAAAACUAGUGAUACUGAAAACAAAAAGGGAGGGACCGAGGAAACUCAUAUUUUUUUGUGAGAAUGUGGUUAGGAAGAGAACUACUUGGCACAAUUUUUGUUAGAUGGAGAAGAAAACCUACUAUUAUUUUGUUUAAUUUUUUUCGUUUUUUCUCAUCAAAUUGAAUGAUUGAUAGUUUGAAGAUCUAUAAUUUCUUAGUUUUUAUAGUUUAUGGCAUUUUUCCUAUUUUA